AUGCACUUCGGCGUGUUGCGUGUGCUCAACGAUGAUAAAAUUGCCGGAGGCAUGGGCUUUGGCGCGCAUCCGCACGACAAUAUGGAGAUCAUCACCAUCCCGCUCGAAGGGCAGCUCCUGCACAAAGACAAUAUGGGCAACGAGGGAGAAGUGUUGGUUGCAGGCGAUGUACAGGUGAUGAGCGCCGGAACAGGCGUGGUACACAGCGAAUCUGGCUGUUUCCCAACAAACAAAACGUGUCUCCGCGCUACGGGCAAAUCUCGUUGA